AUGGUUUGCAGCAAAACUGUUUCAGAAGCAAGGGCUGAAAAAUUAAUGGCCAUUCUGGGUGUCCCACGGGAAUGGAAGCAAGUACAUAUGGCAGAUUUUGUCAAAAUGACCUUGGGUUUUAUAGAAGAACUGGAGGUAGCUGAUUCAAAGACAAGAGUGGAAACUUAUGAAUCCUUCUUUCAGAACAGUGGUGACAAUGCUCCCAUGGCCUGA